AAGAGAGUGGUGAUGGAUUGCCUGAGGUUGGCUGAUCAAUUCAAGCAUGAGUCCAUCUCCCUACCAGCAAUGGGCACUGGUAAUCUGAGUUAUCCAGCACAAAGGGUAGCUGCCAUGAUGGUUGGAGCUGCCAUCCAGUACUACAAUGACUGCCCCAACUCCACACUGAAGCUCAUUCAGUUUGUCCUGCUUCCCUCUGAUAACAGCACAAUAUCUGAAUUCCAAAAGGAAAUGCAGCAUCCUUCUCAACCACUCACUGAUCCAGAUGUCGUACUAGAGAUGCCAGAAAAAUGGGAACCAAUGGGAGAAGAGCAUUUGAAAUUAAUCCUCCUUAAUGAAACUUCACAAGAAUAUCAGGAUGUCAAGAAAAACAUCAUGGAAACACUCUUGAAUAAAACAAUAAUUUCCAUCAAACGAAUUCAGAACUGGAGAUUAUAUCAAUGCUAUAUGAUCAUGAAAAAGUCAAUGGACCAGAAGAAUGAAGGAAAACAGAAUGAACGGAUUCUUUUCCAUGGCACAUGCAAAACAUCUCUAGAUAAUAUUAACAAUUCAGGAUUCAAUCGCAAUUAUUGUGGAAAAAACGGUACUGUUUAUGGAAAGGGGGCAUAUUUUGCAAGAGAAGCCAUUUAUUCUGAUUCGUACGCCACACCGGAUGCCAAAACCAGUCACAAGCAUAUAUAUCAGGGGGACCCCCUCGGCGUAGACUUCGUCCAGGGCCGCGUCGAUUCCUCCCGCAGACUGGCGGGGCUCCGCGCUCCCUGCAGUCGGAUCCCCAUCGUCCGCUCCGACCCGUUUGUCCCCGGCGCCGGCAUCAGCCCGAGCGGCAGAAUUAGCAGCAGCGGCAACCUCUGCCAUGUUCUGAGCGACAAAUUAACGUAUCGGCAGCAGGAGCAGCAGGAGCCAAUUCCUCGGAGAUGA